AUGGCGUCAACCACCGAAUCUCAGGAGGCCUGGUUCCUCAAGUCGUCGUACCCUGUCCUCUUUCCCUUCCACGAGUCCUUGAAGAAGCCCCAGGCAGAGUUCGAGAACUUCCUCCGGGAGGAGCUUCGUCAUCGCCAUGACGAGACUCCGGUGGAUCUUGGUGCUGGUCAGGACCAGGCCAUGACCGACGCUGGCGAGUCAGAGGCAUUCACUCUUGUCUCCAACAGCACGACAGGCGAGAUCCGGAAGGGCAUUGAUGCCAUGGAUGUCACAGAAACCGACUCGCACGACGCCAAAUCAGAGGGGCCCAAGGCUGACACCGAGUCUAAUCCAUUCAUGGAAGGUCUAGUCAGCUACGACAAGAAGGAGGAGGAGCCUCCUCGCAACCUCGAGAACAUGAUGCAUACCGAGAACAGCGACCUUGCAUACCGCUCUACCAAGGAUGCCCUCGUGGACCUCUUCCAGGAACUCGAGGAGGUCGUGUCUGGGCCACGCCUGGCGGAACUGCUCCCGGCCGCCUGGAAGACAGACCCUCUAGAUACCCUCAAGAUCAUCUUCAAUGCCCGUUCCAUCCAUCUGGGCAAAAGCUCAAGAGUCAGUUUUUACCGCUGCGCUGGGUGGCUGGCACAAAACCACCCCGCAACCCUCGUCGCCAAUCUUCAGUGGUUGAGCCGCCCAAUCAUCGAAAAGAAGGCCAAGGAGAACGAAAACGACGCGGUGCUUGUCGACGCGAAGGACGAGGACGACCCCUCAAAGUACGACGUCAAGCACGGGGUGGCCCAUGGCUACUGGAAGGAUCUCCUCAACAUCCUUGCCCUGGCAGCCAACAAUAAGCUCGACGGGCUCUCGGAUCCCAAGAGCGUUCUCAACAGCAAGAAUCCUGGUAUUAUCCGAGGGAAGAGCAUUGCAAAGUCUCGCGGUCGUGGAGUCGGAAGAGGCCGUGGUCGUGGCCGUGGUCGUGGCCGCGGAGGAGCUCGCACUCGGAGAGGACGUAUCAUGGAAAGCGAUGAGGAGAAGGAACAGAAGGAACAGACUAGUCUGCCUCCAAAGGAGUUCAGACGGCAAACCAGAGACAGCCGCUACGAGGCGGCAGUCAAGGCCUUCAACACGGAUCCCGUGUAUCGUGCCCUGCACUUGACCAUCGCCCGACUGUUCGCGGAGCAGCUGGAAAAGGACCUUCGUAUCCUUCGAGGAGUUGAUGCAAAGGCAAAGCGGACCAUCUCGCUGUGUGGCAAGUGGGCUCCUUCGCACGACCACUUUCAUGACAGGCACACCUUCAUCGUCAGCACCAUUGCCGAGAUUCUGUAUCCACGCGACUCUAUCCAAGACAACCGGCUUUCGCCAACGGACGACCGAGAGACGUAUCUUCGAUUCGCACGCGAAGAGUACCGCAAGGACACAUCCGCGCUUCGGAAGCAUCUCGAGGUUGUCGAACGUGAUAUCACACUCCAAAAGUUCGACAACAUCAAGUACGAUCGGGUCCCUUCUCUUGCCAUGAGUCAAUACUCGAAGCUUUUCAUCGAGAAGGAUAUGGACCAUUUUGGUACAUAUAUCGACAAGGUCGCCGAAGGAAAGGCCAACAUCUCUGGAGCAACCCUGCUGCCGUCUACCUUGAUUCAAAAGGUGCGAGGAGGAAGCUCGGGUAGCAGGGGUAACAGCGCACGCGAUCUUGUUGACCGAAAGGUCCAUGAGAUCGAGGCCAAGGUUGUCGAUGGACAGUGGAAGACGCUGGUCCAGCGCAUCAAAGACUCGGGCACUCUCGAGUCUUGCAUCGCCGUCUGCGAUGUGUCUGGAAGUAUGACAUACCCCAACUUCCCCGACAACACUACCCCGAUGGACUCGGCUAUUGGUCUGUCCCUUCUGAUUGCAGAGGUUGCGAAGCCUCCGUUUUCAGGGGCAUUCAUCACAUUCAGCGCCAGACCUAUCGUCGAACAAGUCGACCUCACCAAGCCUUUGGGAGAAAAGUGCCAGAACAUGCUAUCUUCGCAAUGGGGCAUGAACACAAACUUUGUGGCAGUUUUCGAAGAUCUCAUUCUCCCCAUGGCGAUCAAGAACAACCUGAAGCAGGAGGACAUGGUGAAACGUGUCUUUGUCUUUAGUGACAUGCAGUUUGAUGCCGCAUGUGGUAACGAGUCUUAUGACUGGGAUGAGGAGCCGAAGAAACCUGCUGAAUGGACCACGUCAUUUGAGCGGAUCAAGAGCAAGUACCAAGAUGCUGGUUACGAGAUGCCAGAGCUGGUGUUCUGGAACCUGGCUGGUGGGCGAGCCGGCUACUCGGGUGGAUGGGGAGACACGACGGCACCCAAGCCCGUUACUGCAGAGGAGGAGGGAACUUGCCUCGUCAGUGGUUACUCGCAGGGAAUGCUCAAGGUGUUCCUGGAUGGAGGUGGGUUUGAGGAGCAAGAGGAGGAAGAUGAGGAUGAAGUGGUUGUUGACAAGGACGAGGAUGGCAAUGUCACGGAGAAGCCAACCAAGAAGAAGGCCAAGAUGGACCCUCUCAAGGUGGUGAAGAAGGCGAUUAGCCACAAGGCGUAUGACAUGUUGAAGGUGGUUGACUGA